CUGCUGCCUCUGCCGAGCUUUCUCCCUCGCGGUGGCGGCGGGAGUUGGUUCUGGGAGUCUGAAAGUAGCAGUCCUUCUGGCGUCCACGUGUUGGGGCGGGAACGUGGGCUUUAGUUUCUGGAUCAGAGCUGAGGGAGUUUUGGAGUCCUGGGUUUGCCCAGGCGCGGGGCUAGCUCGGUCUUCCUGGACUAGUGGUAUACCAGCCUCAGGUCCCUUCCGUUUGUGCAGCUGGGUGUCAGUCCUCCCUGGGCUCCAGUGGGCACAGGACAGAUUCAACAUGAGUGAAGUUUCCUGCAAAAAACGGGAUGACUAUUUGGAAUGGCCUGAGUAUUUCAUGGCAGUGGCCUUCUUAUCAGCACAGAGAAGCAAAGAUCCAAAUUCCCAGGUUGGAGCCUGCAUUGUGAAUACAGAAAACAAGAUUGUAGGGAUUGGGUACAAUGGAAUGCCAAAUGGUUGCAGUGAUGACCUUUUGCCCUGGAGGAGAACAGCAGACAAUAAGCUGGAUACCAAGUAUCCAUAUGUGUGCCAUGCUGAGCUAAAUGCCAUCAUGAACAAGAAUUCGGCUGAUGUGAAGGGCUGUAGCAUGUAUGUCGCCUUGUUCCCAUGUAAUGAAUGUGCUAAGCUCAUCAUCCAGGCAGGUAUAAAAGAAGUUAUUUUUAUGUCUGAUAAAUACCAUGACAGUGAUGAGACAACAGCGGCGAGGCUCAUGUUUGAAAUGGCUGGGGUUACGUUCAGGAAAUUUACACCCAAGUGCAGCAAGAUUGUCAUUGACUUUGAUUCAAUUAACAGCCGACCAAGUCAGAAGCUUCAGUGAGUUCCAUCUCAUUAAAUCUCCAGAAGAUUGGGACUGUCCUCUUCUUAGAAGCUGCUAAUGUCUUUCAUCUUGAAGUUGCACAUAACUUUUUAAUGGCCAGCACAGUGCCAGUAGACAUCUAAAGAAUAUAAAGUCUCAAAUCUCCCUUACUGUCCCUCCUGUCACAUGGAAUCUGCAUCAGUUUAAACUAUUGAUUUAAGGCUGAAAAUAAKGAAUCCUGCAGAUGGCUGGCGUGAGGGGUGUCUCCUCCCUGUGGCCCGGCUUGCUGGGAUGCUGGGGGCUCUGCAGAAGAGCCUCCGCUCUCUGUUUGCGACUGCAUUUCAACAGCCACUCCUCGCUGCUGCAUGUGCUGGAAUGACAAAUAAAUAAUUGUUGUGCUCUUAGUGGGGAUGAGCAGACACACUGAUGUGAACAUCUGGCCCAAAUGAAGCAUAACAUGUAGUGCC